AUGAACGAGAAAACCUUCUCCGACAUCAAGGCCAACGCCCUCUCCGCAAAGGACAUCAUCAUUUCACUUACCGCACCUACCGCUGGUGAAUCUAUCGAUCCCGUAAACCUUCAGGCGCUGAAACAGCACAUCACCAGUCAGACAACGCUCUUGAAUGCUAUCAAUAACAGAUCCGAUUCGGUGAAUGCAAACGAGCGCGUGCCGUUCACAAUUAAUCUCGAUGCGGCAGUCGACGCGCUCAAAGACAUGAAGUCCGAGGUCGACUACAAGCCAAACAACCGCGAGCGAUGCGACAACUCGCAAAAUAAACCCGACAAAUCUCAGCCGGAGACCGAGGAACCCAUCAAGCAAGUGGGAUCAAUGAUGACAGGAAGUCACUCGAAUGAGAGAACGCGCAGCAGCUCUCAAGAGAGAUGCCGAUCGACUCCCAGACGCUUCAACAACCGGCGUGACAAGAAAGGCUACAUCCCUUCAGAAACCGGUCCGAAACGAAAUAGCUACUGCACAGCCUGCGGCGGCAAGAACCACUGGAGAGGCGACCCGGAAUGUCCCGGGAGCGACGAAGAUGACGAUACGAGAAGCGAAGACGUAGCUCAAGACAUCAGGGAUCUCCGCGGGGAGAUCAACAGACGCCGAUGGGAAAGCAGCAGUAAGAAACGUGUCCGUUUCCCCUAUCCUGACAAACGCAAGUCAGAAAAGUUGCGUAAAAGAUCCAGACGCGACGAGGAGGAAAGCGAGAGCGAGGCAGACUCGUAUUUUCGCGACUAG